AGUUAGAUGCUGCGCGACGCCGAGCUUGUUUGUCGCGACAGCACUUGCGGCAGCCCGGGAUAUUUUGAGUCCCCCGGAGCCCGACUCCUGAGGGCGAGAUGAACGCGCUGGCCUCCCGAGCCGUCCGGACGUGCGAUCGCUUCUGGCAGCCCGAACCAGCGCUCCUGCCCCCGGGGUGAGGCACAGCCCCCAGUCGCCCAGACAGAUGGCCCCAGGCCAAGUACCCCAUCAGGCCACCCCCUGGAGGGAUGUCUACCCCUUCUUUCUCCUGUCCCCACUGAUGGGCUUCCUCGGCCGCGCCUGGAGCCACCUGAAGGGUCCAGGACCUCCAGAACCCUGGCUGGUGGAAACAGUAAUAGGAGAAGAUCAGGUAGAAGCUGUCCUAGAGGGAGAAGCUAAGCCUCCUCUGGUGACCCACCAUGCCCCCUGGGGCAGUCCUCCUAAAGGCAAAGCUAAAGACAGUGGAGCAGCUGAAGAGGAUGGAGGAGCAGCCUGGGGGGCAUGCCUUAACCUGAAAGCCAACAGUUCCCCUCUUGAAGCUUGGGGACUUUCAGAUAAUAAUGAUGAAGAGUAUUGCAAGAAAGAAGCAACCAGUGUCCCUAGAGAGCAGAGAAGUGAAUUUACAGAUAGCCACCUUGCUUCCCUGUCCCGCAGCCUGCUGAUAAAAACCCUGCAAGAUUCUGAUAAGAACCCUGGGGAGGUGGAAGCUGAGGAAGAGAGAGUUGCUGAAGAUAAGGUAGUGGCCAAAUUCCCUUGUCCUUCAUCACACUGGGAGUCUUGUCCAAUGGUGGAAGAGAGGGAAGAUGGAGAGGCUGUAAAGAAAGAAGCUCCCAGAACUUCUAGUUCCCCUUUAUCUCCAGGAUCCAAGCCCAACACUUGGGUGUAUUGCCCUGGGGAGGGAGAGGAUCGAGCUACGGAGGAAGAAAGAACAGAAAAUAAAGAAGCCUGGAAGACUUCCAUUACCCCCUCAUCUUCAGGAUCCAACCCCAGGGCCUGGGAGUUUUGUUCAGGAGAGGAGGCUAAGGAGAAGGAUGAAAAGGCACACAAAGCAGCUGAGAAAGGAGAAGCUGACCCAGAGCCACACUCCGCAGCUCCAGCCCAGAGGCCCCUGCUCCGGGCGUGGGAGUAUCAACCCAGUAAGAAUGCAGAGAAACAAGAUGAAGAGGAGGAUGAGGACAAUGCUUUGGGGGCAGCUGAGAAGGAAGAAGGAGCUCUGGGUCCUUCUUCCAUCCCCCCUACAAGUGACUUCGAGAGGGCCUGGGUAUAUUGGCCAGGAGAGGACACAGAGGAAGAUGAGGAUAGUGAUUCAGGAUUAGCUGAGGAAGAGGGAGGAGCUGAGGCUUCCUCUUCUACUCGCCCUAGAGGUGGCUUCUUGAAGGCCUGGGUGUACCAGCCAGGAGAGGACACAGAGGAGGAGGAAGAUGAAGAAGAUAGUGAUUCUGAAUCAGCUGUGGAAGAGGCUGAGGCUUCCUCUUCUACUCGCCCUAGAGGUGGCUUCUUGCAGGCCUGGGUGUACAGGCCGGGAGAGGACACAGAGGAGGAAGAUGACUAUGACGAGACUGAGGAUAAAGGAGAUGAUUCAGAAGCAGCUGAGGUGGAAGGAGCUGACUCAGACCCACACCCCUCCCCUCAGGUCCAAGGUGCCCUCCUCAGGAGCUGGAUAUAUCCACCCAGAGAGGAGGCAGAGGAAGAGGAAGCAGCUGAGAAACGGGGAGAAGCUGAGCCCUCCCCCUUCCGAGUGGCCAUCUAUUUACCUGGAGAGAAGCCACCACUUCCCUGGGCUCCUCCUAAGCUGCCCCUCCGACUGCAAAGACGGCUCAAGUUCUCAGAAACCCACACGCGGGAUUCAGACCCUGAGACUCCCCUAAAGGCCAGAAAGGUGCGCUUCUCUGAGAAGGUCACCGUCCAUUUCCUGGCUGUCUGGGCAGGGCCGGCCCAGGCUGCCCGCCGGGGCCCCUGGGAGCAGCUCGCCCGGGAUCGGAGUCGCUUCGCCCGCCGCAUCGCCCGGGCCCAGGAGGAGUUGGGCCCCUGCCUCACCCCUGCCGCCCGGGCCAGAGCCUGGGCCCGCCUCGGAAGCCCGCCUCCUUCCCUGGCCCCCGUACUUGCGGCUACCGAGACCUUGCCUUGCUCUUACUCUCCUUCGACAUUCCCAGCACAGGCCACGCCCUUGAGCCGCGCCGUGGCCACACCCUCCCCUCCCUGUCUAGUCGCGUCGUCUGGCCUUAGUGGGAGGCGUGGCUAAGGCCAGAACGUUUGCAUGUUAUUAUUUAUUUUUUUAAAGUGUUGGUUUUUAUAAGGAAUAAAGCUUUUUGAUUUGUAGUGAG